AUGCCUGGUCUAGUUCUGCAAACAUGGCGGAAACUGCCCCCCGUCGCCGCCGCUGUUCCUCCAUCAGAGGUCGCAGCCAAAAAGAAGAGGCAGCCGAAGAAAGCUGCUGGAAGAGCAAAGAAGAGCGGCAAGUCUUCUGGACCCAGCGUCUCCGAGCUGAUCGUAAAAGCCGUGGCCGCCUCUAAAGAGCGCAGCGGGGUUUCUCUUGCCGCCCUGAAGAAGGCUCUGGCUGCCGGAGGCUACGAUGUGGAGAGGAACAACAGCCGCAUCAAAGUGGGGGUGAAAGGAUUAGUGACCAAAGGAACUCUCACCCAGGUGAAAGGUACCGGCGCUUCCGGCUCCUUCAAGCUCAAUAAGAAACAAGUGGAAAGCAAGAAGGCCGCCCAGAAGUCCCUGAAGCCCAAGAAACCUGCAGCGAAGAAAGUGGCCAAAUCCCCGAAGAAGCCCAAGAAGGCUCCGAGUGCAGCCAAGACCCCGAAAAAGGUGAAGAAACCCGCUACAGCGGCUGCUGCCAAAAGCCCAAAGAAGCCUAUAGCCGUGAAGCCUAAGAAGGCGGCCAAGAGUCCCGCCAAGAAGGCGGCGAAGCCCAAAGCUGCCAAGAGUCCGGCCAAGAAGGCAGCGAAGCCAAAAGCCACAAAAAGCCCGGCCAAGAAGGCAGCUAAGCCUAAGAAAGCUGCGGCCAAGAAGUGA